AUGCGUGUUGAAACCUGCCACUUCUGUUCCCGCCCGGCUUUCCCAAGCAAAGGCAUCACAUUCGUCCGCAACGAUGCCCGGCAAUUUCGUUUCUGUCGGUCUAAGUGCCACAAGAACUUCAAGAUGAAGCGUCAGCCCCGCAAGCUGAAGUGGACCAAGACUCACCGUGCCGCCCGCGGAAAGGAAAUGAUCGUGGACUCCUCGCUCGUCCUGUCACAGUUCGCCAAGAAGAGAAACGUCCCCGUCAAGUACGACCGCAACUUGGUGGCCGCCACCAUUACCGCCAUGGAGAGAGUGGAGGAGAUCAGAGCCCGCCGCGAGCGUGUCUUCACGAAACGCCGUCUGGCCGGCAAGCUCGCCCGCGACCGCAAGCGCGAGGAGGACCGCAAGGUCGUUGCCACUGGCGAGCACCUCAUCCGCAAGGAACUCCGCGAUCGCCAGGAGGGCCAGGCCAUGGUUCCCGAGCAGAGCAAGACCGCCAACAGAGUCCACGGCGAGGAGAGACUCCGCCAGAAGAAGAAGGGCAAGCUCUUGGUGGAUGGUGGUGUCGAGGAGGAGAUGGACAUCGACUAA